CAGUAAACAAUGGCUGCCAUUUUGUAAUAAACCAUACAGUUUUAGAAAUGAUAAAAGGAUUUUGGAGAAAGCAAAAGGAACAGAAAGAAAAAUGCAGAAGGAGGAGGCUAAAGAAACACCCAGAGAUGAUCCGUUUAGAGAUGAGUGGCUUCUCUUUUCCCGGAUUUCCUGAUCCAAACCGAAGAAGAACCCUAAAAAAAAAACGUGACAAUCUAAAUUUCUCAGAGUUAAGGGUUGUGUUCAUGGGGUACAAAGGAGCUGGUAAGAGUUCAGCAAUAAAGUGUUUUAAGAGAGAAAUAGAAGACAAGCACAUCACUGUGAUUGAAGCUCCUGGAUGGAAGAGGAAAACAUGUGUAGAGCAGAUCUCUGAGAUACUAAAACAAGAGAUUUUACUCAGUGUGUCUUUGUCUCCUCACAUUGUUUUUCUGGUUAUACGUUUGGACACUAAAUUUACAGAGCAAGAUAGAAGAGUAUUGAAAGGAUAUAUAAAUCUUCUCACUGAGAGAGUCUGGAGUCACACUAUAGUGCUCUUCACUUUUGGAGACUUUCUAGGAGACACAACUAUAGAGCAACACAUUGAGAGUGAAGGUGAGGAUCUCCAGUGGCUGGUGGAGAAAUGUGGGAACAGAUAUCAUCUUCUCAACAAUAACAACAGAAGUGAUGAGACUCAGAUCAAAGAUCUGCUGGAGAAGAUAGAGGAAACAGUGACAGAAAACAACGGCUGGCAUUUUGAAAUGGACAGACACAUUUUACAGCAGAUGAAGGAGAGAAGGAGAGAAGAAGAAGAGAGGGCAGAAGAACGAAUAAAGAUGAUGAAGAAAAAGAGAGAGAUGAUCAGAUCACAGAUGAGUGACACUCAGAAGCUCUCAGAUCUGAGGAUUGUGUUAAUAGGAUAUAAAGGAGCUGGCAAGAGUUUAUCAGGAAACAUCAUCCUGAACAGAGAGGAGUUUGACUUGAAGAGAUCUGCUCAGUGUGUGAAGAGACAGAGAGAAGUAGCAGACAGACACAUCACUGUGAUUGAAGCUCCUGGAUGGUGGAGAAAUAAACCUGUAGAAGAGAGCUCAGAGUUACUGAAACAAGAGAUUUUACUCAGUGUGUCUCUGUGUCCUCCAGGACCUCACAUAGUUGUUCUGGUUAUACGUGUGGACACCAGAUUUAAAGAGGAUGAGAGAAAAGUAUUACAGGGUUAUGUUGAUCUUCUGGGUGAGAGAGUCUGGAGUCACACUAUAGUGCUCUUCACUUUUGGAGACUUUCUAGGAGACACAACUAUAGAGCAACACAUUGAGAGUGAAGGUGAGGAUCUCCAGUGGCUGGUGGAGAAAUGUGGGAACAGAUAUCAUCUUCUCAACAAUAACAACAGAAGUGAUGAGACUCAAAUCACAGAUCUGCUGGAGAAGAUAGAGGAGACAGUGACAGAAAACAACGGCUGCCACUUUAAAAUGGACAGACAUUUUUUACAGAAGGUAGAGGAGAGAAGCAGAGCAGAGCAAGAGAGAGCAGAAAAACGAAUGAAGAGGAUGAAGAAACAGAGAGAGAUGAUCAGAUCACAGAUGAGUGAAGCUCAUAAGCUCUCAGAUCUGAAGAUUGUGUUAAUGGGGUAUAAAUGUGCUGGUAAGAGUUCAUCAGGAAACAUCAUCCUGAACAGAGAGGAGUUUGACUUGAAGACAUCUGCUCAGUGUGUGAAGAGACAGAGAGAAGUAGCAGACAGACACAUCACUGUGAUUGAAGCUCCUGGAUGGUGGAGAAAUAUACCUGUUGAUCUAAGCUCUGAGUUACUGAAAGAAGAGAUUUUACUCAGUGUGUCUCUGUGUCCUCCAGGACCUCACAUUGUUCUACUGGUUAUACGUGCUGACACCAGAUUUAAAGAUGUUGAGAGAAAAGUAUUUCAGGGUUAUGUUGAUCUUCUGGGUGAGAGAAUCUGGAGUCAUACUAUAGUGCUCUUCACUUGUGGAGACUUUCUAGGAGACACAACUAUAGAGAAACACAUUGAGAGUGAAGGUGAGGAUCUCCAGUGGCUGGUGGAGAAAUGUGGGAACAGAUAUCAUCUUCUCAACAAUAACAACAGAAGUGAUGAGACUCAGAUCAAAGAUCUGCUGGAGAAGAUAGAGGAGACAGUGACAGAAAACAACGGCCACCAUUUUGAAUUGGGCAGAAAGAGAGCAGAAGGAGAGAGAGCAAGAUCACACAUUUGUAAUUCUUUGGUGAGGAAUUCUGUACCUAAUCUGAAGGCCUUUACUCCAGGAGCACAUGUCCUUGCGCAGCAGCAGGUUAUUCAGCGUGACCCAGCAGAUGAUGUAGAAAAGCUGUUUGAUGACACGUCGGACGAGCUCGCCAUCAUUGCCGUGCUUUCUGCUACUGAUGUGCGUUUUCUCAUGCCGGUGGGCUUGACACCCAUCACGCCCUGGAUGGUCUCUGGAGAUGAGGGCCAUGAAACACAGAAAGAGUGGGAGAGAAAAAAAGAUGCGCAAAUGAAAAACCAGGAGAUGGAGCUAGAAUCAAAAAGAAAAUGCACCAGCAGUAUCCUGGCAGGCGCAGCUUUUGCUGCAGUGUACAGAAGUACAGGACGAAGCUACGACACAACGUCUCUCAUUCAUGAUGUUCUUUACCUGGAGCAGAUACUCACCACUGGUGGUGGAUGGCAGGAUCAGGUUGGUGGUUUGUUUGGAGGAGUGAAGGUCGCUCGAUCAGCAGCUCAGUUACCUCUGAGAGUUGAAGUUGAACAGCUGUCUCUCUCUCAAGACUUCACGUCUGUCCUACAGCAACAUCUCCUUCUGGUUUACACUGGAAAGACGCGUUUAGCACGAAACCUGCUGCAGGAUGUGGUGCGCAGCUGGUACGCACGAUUACCCUCCAUCGUCCAGAACACAGAGCAGCUGGUGAUCAAUGCAGAAGAGUGUGCUGAAGCAUGCAGACAGGGGUCUCUCUCCAGACUGGGUUUAUGUAUGGACAGAUACUGGCAGCAGAAGAAGCUGAUGGCUCCAGGCUGUGAGCCGGCAGCUGUGAGGAUGAUGAUGAAUAAACUUCAACCUCUGAUCUUAGGACAGAGUCUUGCAGGAGCAGGAGGAGGAGGAUUUCUCUUCUUACUCACACGUGACCCUCAACAGAAGGAAAAAGUGAGAGACGUUCUCAGUGACACCCAGAAGCUCUCAGAUCUGAGGAUUGUGUUAAUAGGGAACAGAAGAUCUGGUAAGAGUUCAUCAGGAAACAUCAUCCUGAACAGAGAGGAGUUUGACUUGAAGACAUCUGCUCAGUGUGUGAAGAGACAGAGAGAAGUAGCAGACAGACACAUCACUGUGAUUGAAGCUCCUGGAUGGUGGAGAAAUAAACCUGUUGAUCUGAGCUCUGAGUUACUGAAAGAAGAGAUUUUACUCAGUGUGUCUCUGUGUCCUCCAGGACCUCACAUUGUUCUUCUGGUUAUACGUGUGGAUUACAGAUGCAAAGAUGUUGAGAGAAAAGUAUUUGAGGGUUAUGUUGAUCUUCUGGGUGAGAGAGUCUGGAGUCACACUAUAGUGCUCUUCACUCAUGGAGACUUUCUAGGAGACACAACUAUAGAGAAACACAUUGAGAGUGAAGGUGAGGAUCUCCAGUGGCUGGUGGAGAAAUGUGGGAACAGAUAUCAUCUUCUCAACAAUAACAACAAAAGUGAUGAGACUCAGAUCAAAGAUCUGCUGGAGAAGAUAGAGGAGACAGUCACUGAAAACCACGGAUGCCAUUUUGAAUUGGACAGAAAGAUUUUACAGAAGAUGGAAGACAGAAGGAGAGCAGAGGAAGAGAGAGCAGAAGAACGAAUGAAGAGGAUGAAGAAACAGAGAGAGAUGAUCAAAUCACAGAUGAGUAAAAUUCAGAAGCUCUCAGAUCUGAGGAUUGUGUUAAUGGGAUAUAAAAGAUCUGGUAAGAGUUCAUCAGGAAACAUCAUCCUGAACAGAGAGGAGUUUGACUUGAAGACAUCUGCUCAGUGUGUAAAGAAACAGAGAGAAGUAGCAGACAGACACAUCACUGUGAUUGAAGCUCCUGGAUGGUGGAGAAAUAAACCUGUAGAGCUGAGCACUGAGUUACUGAAAGAAGAGAUUUUACUCAGUGUGUCUCUGUGUCCUCCAGGACCUCACAUUGUUCUUCUGGUUAUACGUGUGGACCACAGAUUUAAAGAGCAAUAUAGAACAGUAUUACAGGGUUAUGUUGAUCUUCUGGGUGAGAGAGUCUGGAGUCACACUAUAGUGCUCUUCACUCAUGGAGACUUUCUAGGAGACACAACUAUAGAGCAACACAUUGAGAGUGAAGGUGAGGAUCUCCAGUGGCUGGUGGAGAAAUGUGGGAACAGAUAUCAUCUUCUCAACAAUAACAACAGAAGUGAUGAGACUCAGAUCAAAGAUCUGCUGGAGAAGAUAGAGGAGACAGUCACAGAAAACAACGGCUGCUGUUUUGAAAUGGACAGAAAGAUUUUAGAGGAGAUAGAAGACAGAAGGAGAGCAGAGGAAGAGAGAGCAGAAAAACGAAUGAAGAGGAUGAAGAAACAGAGAGAGAUGAUCAGAUCACAGAUGAGUGACACUCAGAAGCUCUCAGAUCUGAGGAUUGUGUUAAUGGGGUAUAAAUUUGCUGGUAAGAGUUCAUCAGGAAACAUCAUCCUGAACAGAGAGGAGUUUGACUUGAAGAGAUCUGCUCAGUGUGUGAAGAGACAGAGAGAAGUAGCAGACAGACACAUCACUGUGAUUGAAGCUCCUGGAUGGUGGUGGAAUGAACUUGUAGAGCUGAGCACUAAGUUACUGAAAGAAGAGAUUUUACUCAGUGUGUCUCUGUGUCCUCCAGGACCUCACAUUGUUCUUCUAGUUAUACGUGCUGACACUAGAUUUAAAUAUGUUAAGAGAAAAGUAUUACAGGGUUAUGUUGAUCUUCUGGGUGAGAGAGUCUGGAGUCACACUAUAGUGCUCUUCACUUUUGGAGACUUUCUAGGAGACACAACUAUAGAGAAACACAUUGAGAGUGAAGGUGAGGAUCUCCAGUGGCUGGUGGAGAAAUGUGGGAACAGAUAUCAUCUUCUCAACAAUAACAACAGAAGUGAUGAGACUCAGAUCAAAGAUCUGCUGGAGAAGAUAGAGGAGACAGUCACAGAAAACAACGGACGCCAUUUUGAAUUGGACAGAAAGAGAGCAGAAGGAGAGAGAGCAAGAUCACAAAAGAUGGCUGAAGAUGAGAUGUCUGAUACAGUCUCUCUGAUGAGUUCUGCUUACGGUUCUGUCAGAUCUCUAUCGGUGAGAGGAGAUGAGAUGUCUGAUACAGUCUCUCUGAUGACUUCUGCUUAUGGUUCAUUCAUAUCACUCGCUGCAUCAACAUGCUCUAACGACAGAUUUAUCGACUUUACCGAUGGAUCUUCACACUCCACUUCUGAGCCUGAGGAACAUUUAGGAACCAAAAGAACAAAGAACCCAGCCAGGAGCUUAACUUUAUUGAGAAAAGGCAAACAGAAUAAAUGAGAAGAGAAAAAAAGAUACUGUAAUGCUGUUAUUCAUAAAAGAAGUAACACAUAAAUGAAUUAAAUAAAUUGUCCCUGACUUAACAUAAAUUCUGUAAUAAGGAUUUAAUCCAUCCAUCCAAGAAAUUGAAACUAAUCUACUUCAAUCGUGUUUCAGUUUAACUGAUACAGAAAACUAACAUCAUUGAACCCCAAUAGAGCAGGUAGCACAUAAAUAUGUAAGAGUUUAAACAGUGUUUGUCCUGCCAUUUAAAAACAGAUGGGUGAAGUGCAGAGCAACCAAAAUGAGUCUCAAGACAAGCUGGAAUGUUAAUAACCUUUAUAAACAUAAAAUAGUCUGAAUGUCAUAUUGAUAUUUCAUUUCUGGUCACAGUUACCAAAGCAUUACUUUAUAAAGUUAAUACAAAUCAAACAAAAUCAUUAGAGAAGCAUUUGCUAAAAACUCCACCACUACAGACAACAUAACUACAGUAUGUAUGUAUAUAACUUAUUACAUAUACAGCAGAAGCAAUUUAAGCUUUUUAAAAGUAUUUUAUUUGAGACAACUGGUAAUGAGAAGUGACACUGUGCUUGUAAACCAGUACAACAGUAAAGCAUUAUUUUGUGAGUUUUUUGUUUGUUUGUUUGUUUGUUUGAAACUAAUAUAAUGUAACCAUUAACUAAUGUACUUGUGUUUUUAUUAAUGUUGCUGUUAAACAGUAUUUAGACAGUGUUGUUUAUGUUUGUAGCUUUUUUAUUAAUGCAUUUCUGACAUUUUAAUUAAUUUGUUGAUCUAUAGAAUAUAAAUGUCACAACACUUAUAAAAAUAUUAAUGUUAAUAAAUAUUUAAAUUAAAUGUAAAUAGCAAGUAAACUCAUAUUGUAAUGUAUAUUCAAAUUUCUAUAUUAAAGAGAUUAUUUAAAAAGCUCAAAGUAGCACCAGCAAAAUCAAUGUUUAUUUAGAAAUGAAAACAAUAUAUAGUGAUUAAAACUUGAGUGCUGUCUUUUUUA